AUGGAUAUUUUAAAUAAUAAUAAUUCUCUUGAAGUUGUCUGUAGACUUAGACCUUCAAAUACAAUACAAAUUAAUUCAAAAGACAGUGUUAUUUAUGUUGAUGAAGAACAUGUUCAAUUAAAUUCUCCUUCUAAUGUUAAAUGUCAAAAAAUUAUUAAUGAUAUAUAUAAAUUUGGUUAUGUUUUUGAUCCAUAUGAAGAACAACAAAUUGUUUUUAAUAGAACAUGUAAAGAUUUAAUUUUAAAAUUACUUCAAGGUGAAAAUGGAUUAUUAUUUACAUAUGGUGUUACUGGAAGUGGUAAAACUCACACAAUAAUUGGAACUCCUGAAGAUCCUGGAAUUUUACCACGCCUCUCUGAUGUAUUAUUUAAUUCAAUACAAAAUAUAGCACAAAAAUGUAUUUUUAAAUGUGAAGGAAAAAAUAAGGUUUCUAUUCAAAAAUAUGAAGAUUCUAUAAAAGAUUUUAAACUUCUUCAAGAAACAACAAAUUAUAAAAUAAUGAUUAAAGAUUCAGAAAUGUGUAGUAAUAGAAUAAUAGAUAUUACAAAAUUAAAUGUACUUGAAGAUGAUAAAAUAGCUACAGUUUUUGUUUCAUAUGUUGAAAUUUAUAAUCAAUAUGUUUAUGAUUUAUUGGAUAAUGAUUCUACUAUUAAAAAAGAAAUAAAAUUAGGUAUUAAUGGAAAUACAUACAUUAAUAAUAUUGUUGAAGUGGAAGUAUCUAGUUCAGAAGAAUUAAUGGCUAUUUUUAAAAAAGCAAAAAUAAAAAGAAAGACUGCUGAAACAUCAAUGAAUAGUAAUAGUAGUAGAAGUCAUUCACUUUUUAUGAUACGACUUGUUGUUAGUGAUAUAAAUAAGUCAGAAUAUUAUCCAAUUGUUAAUGAUGCUAAUAUAACUCAAUCACAAAUUUUUUUAGUAGAUUUAGCUGGUUCAGAACGUACAAAAAAAACUAAUGCAGAGGGUGAAAGAUUAAUUGAAGCUAAUGCUAUUAAUAAUAGUUUAUUAACACUAAGAAAAUGUUUUGAAGGAAUAAAAAUUAAUCAAAAAAGAAAACAAAAAAUUGUUGUUCCAUAUAGAGAAAACAAAUUAACAAUAUUUCUUAAAAACUUUUUUGAAGGUUCAGGAUACAUUAGAAUGAUAGUUUGUAUCAAUCCAAAAGCUGAAGAUUAUGAUGAAAAUGUUCAUGUUCUAUCAUUUGGUCAAUCAUGUCAAGAAGUUAAUCUAAAUAUUCAUAUAAAUAAAUUAGAAGAAUCUUAUAAUUUAACUGGAAAUAAGUUUCAUUUUCCCAAAAGAUUAUUUUGUAAGUGGUUUAAAGAAGUAAAUGAAAUUUUCAAUAAUAAAGAAUAUGGUUUAAUAGAUUCAUUUGGAUCAAAACUAAAUAAGAAUAUAUGGGAACUUUGUAUAAAUAUAAGAAAUGAUAUACUAAAUAUAAAUUGUUAUAGAGAUUUACUACUAAAAAAAUUAGAUGAAUGUAAAAAUGAUUUGGAUAAAAUAAAGCAAGCAAAUAUUGAAACUGAUAAUAGAAUUAUUUUUUUAAUUCAAAAAAAAGAAACACUUGAAAAUGAAAUUAAAGAUUCAUCAGAUUGUAAUAUAUAA